AUGUCUUCCGACGCAUUCGCGGAUUUGCGUGCUUGGCUCCAAGGGACCACCAACACGAGCACGGAGGAAGAAGCAUUUCUCACAGCAAGUCCUGCGCCCCACCAAGAGCCACACGCGUCAGAUGCACCCGAGGGCGACGAAGACCUAGAGGGUCUGUUUGCAGAUUUCAACUGGGAUUUGUCAUCCCAUGUAUUCCCGGAGCCCUCCAGCUCUAAGGAACUCACCCCGGGGAAUGCCGCCAUAGGGAUCAGUCCUGUGGACACAGUCCUCCAGCCGGAGACUUCGAGUGGCCGAGGGUGCACACCCGCGCAAAGACACGGGCAAGUUGUGGAGCAUCCACUACAGGCGGAUUAUCCAUCCGCUGUUCCCUUCAACUAUGCGCCUUGCGGCGCGCUGUUGCCAGCCGAAGGACCGUGGGAAGCCCCAGUAGAUUCAUUGCAAGCCUGUUACACAAACUGGCUCUAUCAGUGCUACAUAGCACAACCAUCGCACGUUGCACUGCACAGUGUAACCAGCGAUCCCAUCCCUGGCCUGCGAUACGCAGGGCAGGUAAGGGAAAACACCAAUUACAUCGACAACGCCAACGACAACGUCGUCGACACCCCAGCGCCGCGCGCUCCUCGUUCUAGGAGGCCCCGGUCUGGUACUCGCAGGGAUGUCAUCCGCCUGUACGUCAACAGGAGAUCCAAGCCCCAGGAGCCCGCUGCAUACAACUACAAAUGCGAGCAUUGCGACGCAUGGUUCAGUCGCAGCAGCGAUCGUCGACGUCAUAUAAGAAACGGUUGCGCCAAUGGCGAGCAGAAGGAAUGGGAAUGUCCUCUCUGUUUCAAGGUGUACUCGCGCGACGACGCACGCGGGAGGCAUUGCCGCGAUCUGCACGCUCGACUUAGUCGGCGAUGGAUAGCUUCUAACACCAGCAUAUGGGAUAGCACGAACGUUCGCAAAACGACGUGGUGA